AUGCUUUGGAAACCACUGAACAAGGUUCCAAGUGACAUACUUGUCGCAAGCUCUCAAGCAAGCGGCGGUGAUUUGUCUGAACUGGACAUUCUCAAAAAGAGUCGAGAAGUGCUAGCCUCGAAAUGUAUUCGAAUUGCACAAAUCGAAUAUAUGGAUCAAGUCGCUUUGUCGGGCAGCGGGAUAUCGACCAAGAGAUUGUUUUCAAGAGAUGAAUCUGAGGGCCAAGUGGAUGAUGGCGACGCGACGGCGGCGGCGGCGACGGCGACCGGUUCCAAGAUGAGUGCGGUGCGUAAAUGGUGUCCAGAAUGCAAAAAGACAUUUGCAAUGAAAGCGCAAACGUGUGACGAUUGCAUGGGUCAAGUGAAACUAGUUUCAACCGCGGAAGUCAAAGCAAAAGCGGCCUAUGACUCCGAGUCGGUGAAGACAAGGUUUAGAACCACGACAGCGACGCCGAGAUGGUUGAAUGAAGAUGCGUCUCGAUCUUCGGUUUUAAGCACAGGUCCGAAUAAUGAAGUGAUUGAAACGUAUGUAACUGACGUUGUAGAUCGCCAUGCGUCGGAAGAUGAUGUCUUGGGGGUAAUUUCUGGUGAUUCUCACCGCAUCGGUUCACCGAUGGAUGAGUGGAUUGAGUACAUUCCUCUUCCGGUGGAGCCUUACAAUCCGGGUCUCUCUUGCAACAAGAGAGCGCUCACCAAUCAAGCGCUGAAAGACGGUAACGUACGAGGCUUUUGUGAGCCUGAUGAACCGUGGGUGCGUGAAUGGGUCAUGAUCCUCAACGACUUGGGCGCGGCGCUGACUGAGGUCCAUUGUAGCGAGCGAGUCCACGCGCUCAUGCCGCUCGGUCACGAGGAAGCCAUGUACAUCAGAGCUUGCUCAAAAUUUAUGGUAGUUCUACUCGGUAAAAACUUUAUCAUGAGUUCAAAACUAUUCGGGUCGGAGAAGAUUGUGGAGAUCCUAUCUAAUGGUGCUGAUCUUCAUCGGUCAUUUCAGUUUUUGAAAUUGGUGCACCGAGUAGUCACGAGUGCGUUGGUGAUUGAGUAUGCGCAUGAAGUCAAAUCUUCAGAACUCGACGCGAAGGCUUUCAUAAGUUGGCUAGAGAAACCUAGGAAUGAUGAGAAAUUUGUUCUAUUGGAGAGCUUUUUCGCGCGCAAGAUACUUCCAGCCCUCUUUACUUACCGCGACGGCUGUCGUCGCAACGAUGCCAAGAAGAUUUCCGAAUUUCGCUCAAAAUUUCACUUCAAAUUUCACUUUUCCCGAUUUCGCGAGGCGAAAUUGGGCAAAUAUCGCCUCGCCCGAACGAAAUUUUGCCUCGGGGCAAAAUUUGGAUUUUGA